CUGGACUUGAGUGAACGCCAUGCUGACAGAGUCCUGCAAAUCUUCUCAAGGCACCUGCAGAGUGAGUGCAGGGAGAGGCGUCACCUGGCACUCAAGGGCCUUCUCAAGCUCACUGACAAUCCCUCGAUGACCGAAAAAAUGUGGAGCCUGACUGAAAGUCUUGUGGAGCUCCUGCGGGAUGCAGAUGGAGAGAUUGUUAAGAUAACACUCAUGGUACUCAGCUUUAUAAUCUUGGACAAGGACACGCCAAUACCCAGCUCCUUCGCCCUGCAGCUGGCUCAGGCAGUCGUGCUACUCUUUGACCUCGACAAUAGCCAGGUACAGCUGCUCUCCAUGCUGCUCUUCCGAACACUGCUGACUCUUCCAUUGGAAAAGGAGAGAAAGACUCUGAAGUCACAAGUGUGCCACAGCCUGCUGCCACUCUUCUUCCACUGCCAUGAUGAGAAUCAGCGUGUGGCAGAGGCUUCUCGGGAAAUGCUGAUUCGUGUGGCCGAGUUCCUGAACAGGAGAGAUCUUGAGAAACUAGUCAAGAAGGAGAAACUCUGGAUUUUCGCCAACUGCCUGCUGGCAGAGGACAGGAGCCGAGCGGCCGAGCACCUGCGCCGGGCCCUGCCCUACCUGCAGAGCCCACAGGAGCCCCUGCGAGAGGCGGCCGUCAGGUUCAUGGGGAUGGCCGGGCGGAGCUUGAGGGGGCAGCAGGGAGAGCUCCAGCUGAUCUCUGAGGCCCUUGAAGGAAUGGUGAAUGACAUCAGCGUCAGCGUGGGAAGCCUGGCAAUUCAAUCAUUGUGCAUACUGAAGGCAGCAGAGCAGGCUCCCAUCCCAAUGUUCCAGAGGCUGCGAGAUCAGCUGCGCAGGGCAUGGAAGACACGGCCUCGUCUGUCGCGGCUCGGCUGGCUGGGCUGCUGGGGCUCUGUCGAGGGCUGA